AUGUCAAUAGAAGACCAACGCUUCAUUCAAAUAGUGGAAUCCAAUAUCCACAAAAAUCAAACAGGACAUUGGGAGAUGCCACUACCCCUCCGAUCUAACGACAUACACGUUCCUCACAACAGAAAUCAAGCUUCAACUCGUCUCAAAAGCCUUCUGCGUUCGUUCAAGAGGAAUCUGAAAAUGGAGCAAGAGUACUUCAACUUUAUGGCAAAACUGUUUGAAUGCGGUCAUGUCGUACCAACACUAAUCGAAGCCACUCCCCCAAAAGAAACUGGGAAAAUUUGGUACCUACCACAUUUUGGCGUAUACCAUCCUCGUAAACCAAAUAAGAUCCGAGUUGUAUUCGACUCCUCAGCAGAGUUCAAAGGAACAUCUCUUAAUAAGGAACUGUUGUCAGGUCCAGAUAUGCACAAUGGUCUUCAGGGAAUACUAGUCAGAUUCAGAAGAAAUGCCGUUGGUGUGAUGUGUGAUAUAGAGCAAAUGUUCCACAACUUCCAUGUCCACCCACCACAUAGAGAUCUAUUGCGGUUCCUGUGGUUCGCUGAUAACGACAAAGAAAAAGAUAUCAUCGUCUACCAAAUGGUGGUGCACUUGUUUGGCAACACAUCAAGUCCCGCUGUAGCAACGUUUGGCCUUAGGAAAACGGCAGAAGAAGGAGAGAAAGAGUUUGGUCAAGACGCCAAAGACUUUGUCGUCGAAGACUUCUACGUAGAUGACGGUCUGACAUCACGCGAUACCGCGGAAGGAACUGUGUCUCUCAUUAAGAACACUCAAGCAAUGCUCGCAACUGCAAAUCUGAGACUUCAUAAGAUUGCAUCCAAUUCCGUCGAAGUCAUGAAAUCAUUUCCAGAUCAAGACCGAGUCGAAAGCCUCAAAGAUCUACACAUUGAACAAGGCCCACUUCCGUCACAACGGUCGUUAGGAGUAAUGUGGGAUUGGGAGAAGGAUGCUUUCGCAUUUCAAAUUACAUAGCCGGAGAAACCGUAUACUCGUAGAGGCGUGUUAUCUGUCGUUAACUCAAUUUAUGACCCAUUGGGAUCUCGUCAAAAUGGGGAAUGAAAGAUGGGGAGACAAAGCAUCUCUCGGAUGGGACGAUCCUCUUCCGCAACCACUACAAAAUCGAUGGAGAGAUUCAUUAUGUGACUUAGAAGAUAUCCGAAUCCCAAGAUGUUAUCGUCCAGAAACAUUCGGGGAAACGAAAAGAUCAGAAAUUCACGCGUUCUCGGAUGCCAGUGAUAAAGCAAUCGGUACUGCAGUCUUCCUUAAGCAAGAAAACUAAACGGGAGAAGUAAAUGUUUCACUUCUGUUUGCACAAGCACGAUUAUCUCCAAAACAAGCAACGACUAUCCCAAGGCUCGAACUUUGUGCCGCAGUGCUAUCAGCCCAAGCAGUGAAGUGGAUAACUCGUGAACUGCGAUUGAAUAUUGAUGAAAUUGUAUUCUACACCGAUUCCAGAGUGGUGUUAGGCUAUAUUCAGAACGAGAGCCGACGCUUCUACGUGUACGUACGAACAGGGUCCAGAUCAUUCGCAGCAUUUCAGAUCCUUCACAGUGGAAAUACGUGGAAACGAGCCAUAACCCCGCAGACAUCGCAACUCGUGGCAAACCAGCCAAGCAGCUCGUGGCAUCUUCAUGGUUCAACGGUCCGGAAUUUCUGCGAAAUGACCAUUCUUCCCCAACGACAAAUGAUCACGAACUUAGUAUUAUGAGUGACGAUCCCGAAGUUCGUCCCGAAGUUUCAACUUACUCGUCCGAGGUUCAACUAAUUGAAAGUCUGGGAUCGGAAAGAUUCAAUCGCUUCUCAAGGUGGACUACACUUCGCAGAGCUCUAGCCAAUUUGAUUGUUAAAGCAAAACAAAUCAAAGCCCGACGGCGAGGAGGAAAUUUGUCAACACCCAACACCAGGCGUACCCGUAGCAAUCCACCGAACCCUCCAACCUCCAAGCAUUCUCUCACAAAUCCUUCUGCUAAGGAACUGAACCAAGCUGAAAACUUGAUGAUGAAGACUGCGCAAGCGGACGCGUUCACUCCCGAGAUUAGGAUAAUACAACAAUCGAAGUCAUUGAAGAAGUCACGCUUAUACAGCCCGACCCUUUCAUCGAUAAUAACGGAGUACUUCGAGUCGGUGGUCGCCUACGACAAGCCGAACAACUAUUUGAAGAGAAACAUCCAGCUAUCCUUCCUAGAGAUUGUCACUUGGCGAAUUUAGCAAUCGAGCACUUUCACGAAACCGUCCACCACCAAGGCAGACAGAUUACGUAUGGGAAAAUCCGUCAAGCAGGGAUAUGGGUAAUCGGAGCAAACCGGAUGAUUUCAAAGAGAAUCAAGCGAUGCGUCACUUGUCGGAGAUUGGGAGGGAAGCUAUUAACGCAACACAUGGCCGACCUACCACGCGAAAGAUUGGAAACGCCACCACCGUUUACCAACGUAGGGUUCGACGUGUUCGGGCCCUGGACUAUCCAAACACGAAAACUAAGAGGAGGAGCAGUCAACGCAAAACGUUGGGUGUCAUAUCGAGGUGUUGGAAACGAUGGAGACGAGCUCGUUUAUCUGUGCCCUUAGACGAUUCUUCGCUUUACGCGGCCCAUCACUUCUUCUGCGAUGUGAUCGAGGUACUAACUUCAUUGGAGGAAAAUCUGAAUUAGAUCAAGCUCUGAGCGCGAUGAACCAGAAGGCUAUCACGAAAUAUGUUACAGAACAAAACUGUGAGUGGAUAUUUAACCCUAGACGCAAUGUUCCUGGAACUCGGAAGUCCACAACUGACACACGAGCUAUUGGUUACCCUUAUGGCUGAAAUUACUGGAAUAAUCAACUCACGUCCUAUCGUUGUCGUACCAUCCGAUAUCGAUCAACCCCAGCCACUUACACCUAAUAUGCUGUUAACUAUGAAGACCCGACCUCUUCUACCUCCACCGGGCGUGUUCACACCGGAAGAUGUCUAUUCACGUCGUCAUUGGCGAAGAUCACAAUAUCUAGCUGAUCAAUUCUGGACACGUUGGAAAUGGGAAUAUCUUCAAUCUCAGCAGAAAAGAACAAAAUGGAACGAACGACAGCCAAAUUUAAGAGAAGGGGAUAUUGUCAUCAUGAAGGAGCAAAGCCCACGUAAUCAAUGGCCCCUUGGUAGAGUCGUGGAAGCGAUACUCAGCGAAGACGGGAAGGUCAGAAAGGCAAAAAUUGCCAUUUCAAGAGACGGAGAGAAAAAGGUCUAUUAUAGACCAAUUAAUGAACUUGUUCCUAUAAUACAUGCCUAAUAGUUGA